UUACCUUAAUAUUAUUGCUGUGUAUCUUUCCAUACCAUUUGAACUAAACAUGUGUUAAUGAAUAGUCUUUGAUUUAACCGGAAGUUAAAAUUAUUAAGACUUAAACAUUAUAAUACCGAGGCUAUCACCGGAAGUAAAAUGACAUCAUUCGUCACGCACGCGAGGGUGGCGGGCGGCACGCACUCCGCGAGGCGGCGUACCAGGCGUCUCGAAAAGCCCGCGUAUAAGCACGUUCCACACAGCGAGAAGCCGCCACAUUUGGUCGCUAGGAGAAAUGCGCGUGAGAGAAGGCGCGUGGAGACUGUCAACAACGCAUUUAUUCGUCUGCGCAGGCACGUGCCUAUUGAGACAAAACACAAACGUCUGUCAAAGGUGAAAACACUAAGAUAUGCCAUCGAUUACAUAAAGCGUCUUGUUGAUAUGAUUAAUGAGCAUGACAAACAGUACGGGUCGCCAUGUUUUAAUUUCGGACAUUCAGUUGCCAUGGAAACGAUGGAGUUUCAACAGCAGAGGAUCCGGCAGGAGUUUUGUGCACGGGACUUUCAGAAUGACGUCACCUCCGCUGAAUCGUGGUUUCAAUCAGGCUGAAUGGGAAUUUGUGUCUUAUUAUUUAUUUUAAUAUUUUAUCAAAACGCAUAAAGAAAACUAUACAAGAAGUUUCGAAAUUUUAAACAUAAUUUUUGGGUCAUUGUUGAUGUAUUUUAAGGGUAACAUUUACACGAAAGGUACAAUAGAACCCGAGCGAUCAACAAUAGUAUUUCCAUAGUUGCUGCGUCUUUUUCACGGCAUUUGUCACUUGUGGACCUUUAUGCCGAUGAUUUGCAAAUAUUUUAUCAUUUUAUGCAAAUAUGGAGAAGCGAACCACAGAAUAAAGUUCAACAUGCCACUAAUAAAAAGUACGUUACUGUUGUUAACAUGGCAGAGGCCUUUUUGUUUCUUUUUAAGCCCGAUUCUAGCUGCUGUGAAUAACAAACGAGUUUACAAUUGAAAUGUGUCCGCAUUAAAAAGCAAUAAGUCCUCAAGUUAGUGGUCUUUAUUGUUAAAACAUUAUCUGUAAAACAAAACCUUACGACAAAAUGGCGUUGUUAGCAGAUAGCGAGAUACAAUUACUCGGAGUUAUUAUGAUAAUUUCACUGACAUGUUAUACAAAAAUAAGUUUUUAAAAAGUCGGCACGAAAAGGGUCUUUAUUGUCACCGCAAACCCAAACCAUGGUUUAAUUCGGCUGGGUCAAACGUGCACGUGAAAA